AUGACAACUACGAUUAAGAUUGACAUUACAUCAGAUGUUGUAUGUCCGUGGUGUUUUGUUGGUCAACGCAGACUGGAAACUGCCAUAACAACAUUCAAGGCACAAAGUCAUGACAAUGUGAUAUUUGAUAUCAAGUAUCUUCCAUUUGAGCUUGGUGGUAAGAACGGAUUGACCAAACAAGGUAUUCCCAAAGUCGAGUAUUUAGCAAACAAGUUUGGUGCAUCUGCCGUAGCGAGUAUGAAUGCUCGUAUGGCUGAUCUAGGCAAAGAAGAAAACAUUGCCUUUCGUUUUGGUGGAAACCGAUCAAACACACUGGACGCACAUCGUAUUCUCUACCUUGCAGCACAAAAGGGAAUCCAGUAUAAAGUCUCGGAAGGUUUAUUCAGCGCAUAUCACGAACAUGAACGUAAUAUUGGUGAUGAUCAAGUACUUGCUGAUGUUUAUGCAGCAGCUGGUGGUGAUCGGAAUGAAGCGAUUGCUUAUCUAAAGACUGAUCAAAACGCAGAUGUUGUCAAAGGACUGCAGCAAAAGGCUCUGCAAAAGGGUGUGAAUGGCGUGCCUUAUUUUGAGAUUGAAGAAUACAAAAUAAGCGGUGCUGAAUCCUCACAGACAUUUGUGAGUAUUUUUGAAAAGAUUCUUGAAGCUCGACAAGUUUAA